GCGGCGCCUAGGCGCCGAGCGCUUAACGCGAUGUCCUGUGCCGAAACGGGCCAACUCCAGCCCCCAGACCCUGCCACCCCCCGCGCGACCCGCCACGCCCCCCCUCUGAGGGCGACAACCGUCGAAGAGAGGCCCGUCGAGCGCCUGAAAUCGGCGAACCGAGCUCGAUGCGUUUCGAUGGUCUGUUCGUCGCGGCGCGUCCGUGCCGCCCCCUCCCCGCAUGGCCGCCUCAUGGCCUCGACCAUCGUGAACGCCCGGCGGGGGAGGCGGUCCCGGCGCCGGGGGCCCGCGGUCGUCCGUCGCCGAAGAAAGUCGUAUCGGAUCGGCGAGGCGUCGGACCGUACGACCGCCCGCCCUUCCGCUCGACGACGAGGUCGCUCGCUCCGGAGACGACGUCCCGAUCGCGUCGAUUCCCCCGCAGAUUCAACCAUGCGCCUCAUCCGCGCGAUCGCCUUCGCCGCGGCGGCGGCGGCGGCGCGCGGCGCGCUGGACGCGCGAGACGCGUCGAACACGUCAUGGUGGCGCCUCGCGCUGGCGGCGCCGGUGAUCUCGCCCGACUUUACCCUCGUGUCGAAGCACGUCUGCGAGCGCGGAUCGACGUUCGCACACAGCGAAAUAAAAAACUACUUUCCGAGCGACUGCGGCGAACGCAUCAUGUCGUUCAAAAAUUUUCAGGAAAUAUAUACAAAGAAGCUCAAUUGCGAACCCGCCGGCCUCGGCCACGUCGGACACUGCGUCGUCGAAAUGAUCGCCGACCGCCGCAGCCCGGGCCCGGGCGCGCGCUACUUCCAGCAGUACGUGGGCUACAGCGGCGUCUACCUGCGCGGCGUCGACGGCCUCGGCGACGGCUUCGCGCCGUCGCUCUACUGCCACGAACGAGAUUGGCUCAACGCGCAUCUUUUUGCUACUUCAAACUGCAGACGAAGACACAGCAAGCAAGAUUGCACGGCAAAUGCGACGUGCUCUUGGCAGGAAAAGAAGCACAGGUGCGGGGAGACUCGAAAAAAAGAAAAAUUGGGUACGGAGGUGUUCCGGCUCUAUCCCACGGGCGUCGCGCUGUUCCGAGACCACUUCGAGUGCUUCGUCGCGCCGCCGUUCGACGAGUGGUUCGGCUUCGACGCGCUCCCGCCGGCGGACGACCCCGCGCGGGGGAGGCGCGCGGUCGCCGAGGCCUACGCGGCCGUCGACCGCGACGCCUGGGUCGACUGCGGCGCGGCCGACGGCGAGCUCCGCGUCGUCGUCCACGCGCGCCUCGGCGACCUGAUCCACACCCCCGGAUGGAAGUCCCUCCGCGCGUCGACGGCGGCGGGCGCGCACCUGCGGAACGCGCUCCGCGUCGUCGCGGGGUUGCGAGCGCGGCUCCCGGAGCGCCGCGUCCGCGCGCUCAUCCUGAGCGACUCGCCGGCGGAGACCGUCGCCGCGACCCUCGAGGGUUUGGACGUCGGGAUACACGUCGGCGGCGCGCGGCGCGACGGCGCGUCGCACCUCGUCGACGGCCGCACGGUCGGCCUCGAAAACGACUUCGACGUGAGCUUCCACGGCGCGGGCCACCCGUUCGUCGCGCUCCACUGCAUGGCGGCCGCGGACCUGCUCCUCUGGCCCGAGACGUGCGGGAACCCCUGGCCGGCCGUUCCGAUCACAGGCCAUCCGAAACCAGGCCAUCGUCGCCUGAAACCAACUGCGACUAUGAAGCGGUGCAGCCACAUGGCCUUGUUCGCGCGCGAGCUGUCGCUGCGGGGCGUACCCCGCGGACUUCCGGUGAAGCCGCUCGACGCGACGGCCGUCGACGCCGGCGUCGAGGAGUUGCUGGGAAGCGGAUUUCCCGCGGAGCCGCUCGACGCGACGGCCGUCGACGGAAACAGCGGGCGAUCCGCACCGGCGCGUGCGCUCCCCCGACGACCUGGACAAUCCACAAACCACCUCGAGCGCCUCGAUGCCUGGCUCACGAACGCCUCCGCUCCUCCUCCCGCCCACUGGCGCGUGCGCUCCCCCGACGACCUGGACACUCGCACGGACCACGUACUCUCGCACAGCGGCUACAAGGACGUCUGGCUCUCGCGUCUGCGCGACGGCCGACGCGUCGUCGUCAAGACGCUCCACCACGAAGGCGCGUUCGAAUUUGGCAACCGCGCGAGCGACAUCGCCUACUUCGAGCUCCUGUUCCUCGAGGGCCUCCGGGGCGAGCCGGGCAUUCCGAAGCUGUUCGGCGCGUACGAGACGCCGACGCACGUGGUGUGGGUGACGUCGAACGGCGGCGGCCCCGUGGCGACGGGGAGGGGAACGCUGAAUCUCAGCGGCAAGAAGAGCGAGAUCAAGUACUCCGAGGUCUACGACGCGCGGGCGCGUGACGCGCCCCUCGACCUCGCGCGGGCGUGGCUGCGGUGCUUUCGGAGCUUCGGCGAACGGGGCGGCUUCGUCUUGACGGAUUUUAAGCCGGAGCAGUUCACGCUCGACGCGAACGGCGACAUCUACCUCGUCGACGGCCCGGCGCCGAACUCCGGGCCGAUCGCCGCGCACGCGCGCCGUCACUUCACGAAAAAGACGUGGCACCCGGAGCAGGCCGACAAACUGAAGAGGGCGCGGAUCUAUAUCGAGGGCAUCGGCAUGGAGCGGCCCAUAAAGACCUACUACCUCCAGCCGGGCGCCGCGCAGCCCUGCCCGAGCGACGACGCCGACGCGGGCGCGGCCGUCUGCGCGCUGCGCACGGACUCGGCGCACAACGGGUGCGGCAACCACGUCAUACGGAAGGAUUUGUCCAAGUGUGGCGAACGGUUGCUGAGCGGCCCGGAGGUGUCGGACUGCGUCGACGGCGCUUGCGCGCCCUUCGACUGGCGCGUCCACGUCUUCGACGCGGCCGCGCGGGAGUGGAUCCUGCCGCACAUCAUCGCGGUCGCGGAAGACCGGGCCGCGGCCGCGCGGCUCGAGCGGCUCCUGCCGCGGAUGAUGAGCGAAGACCCGCGCGUCCGGCCGUCGUUCUCCGCGCUGCUCCGGGAGCUGGGAAAGUAGACAGUAGCUCGCCUGGCUCCUCGACUCGAGCCAGCCCCACCACGCCCCGGACGACGGCGCGCGGCCCGUCGAAACGUAAAAACCGAGGAAUU